AUGGCUGCUGCAGAAGUUGAUGCAGAGGGAGACGCGCUGAAUCCGUGCACGGCCAGAGUCAACUGGACCUGGAAAGAAAGACCCAGGAAGCAAAUUCUUCGCUGGGCCAGCGACGCAUGUCCGACUUUGUCUGUCAACGGCGGAGAGACGAGAUCCGACUGGACAACCAGACAACUACAGAAACGCAGCUCUGUCUGCCAGUGGUGGGGCUCCUUCUGCUUGGCCAUGGAUAGCUCCCACUGUUGUGCGGGUUGCGGGGCUGCGCUUCAGGCGGAUGAUGGCCACGACCUGUGCCCUGCCUGCCUCGGGCAUGAUCACCUGGCUGAGGCCCUGUCAGACAAUCCCUGCAUGAACUGCAGCUACAUGCCCCAUGCUGUAAAAGUGGCUCGACUGGCCCAGUUACGCCCCAUGUGUGGGACUGACCUUCCACCUUCUGGGCAGGUGGCCACUCCCAGGCGCUCUAAACGCAGGACUGAGACCGCAUCCUCUGUGGCUCCUCCUAAGAAGAGGCGAGCGAGAUCUGACCAGGGUCUUUCCACGAGGGUUGAACGACUGUCUGCAGAGUUGGCGGAGAUGAAAUCCCUUUUUCAGGCACCUCAGGCGGGUGCUCCGAUGACUGGAUUCUCUUCCCCACCUAUGCCAGAAUUAGCUGUGGAGGAGGAUGUGCUGUCUUUGGCUGCCUCUGCCUCUCAUUUUGGGAAUGAGGAGGAGGAGGAGGCACGGUCGCCUCGCACUUCGGAGACUGGCUCACGCUCUUCCUCUCAGAGUGCGGCUAGUGGUUCGGGUGACGGUUCCAUGCAGGACAUUAUGCUUAUGGCCUUGAGACAGCUGCAGCUGGAUGUCCCUCAAGUGGUGGAAUCCGCUCCUGGCAGUGCUUUUUUCAGGCGCGGACGAGCUCCUGCUCCCUUUUCUGUCCCUCCAUCAGGAGAGUACCUCAGGGAGUUGCAUGCUUGUUGGCGGGACCCUAGAGCCUUCUCACGUCUCUCUGCAGAUGGUCGGGUGUUGGCAGCUAUGCAUGAUUCUGUCCAGUCAGGCUUGGAUCGCAUGCCUGCGGUCGAACCUGCUGUUGCCUCGCUCAUUGUGUCCCCUGAUGAAGCCCUGCGUGAGGAUGUUCGGUGCCCGCGGGCUCAAUGUCGCAUUACAGAUGGUUUCCUCUGUAAAGCUUAUAAUGCUGGAGCUCGUGCCGGCCGCCUUGGCAAUUCCUUGGCACACCUCAUGUUUGCCCUUUCUGCAUCCCUUCAGGAUACCGGUGGGGCUGAUGCUGCUGUUGGCUUUAGCGAUGCAGCACUUCAGGCCUUUGCCUUGAUGACCAGAGAGCUUGGGCGUCUGAUGUCUUUUCUGGUCCAGGCUCGCCGACAGGGGAGUUAUUCGGGUCUGCUGCUUUGGAAGCGCUGCAGCGAACGGUUCAGGCGCGGCAGACUAGACAACAGCUCUCAGGCCUCAGCAGAGGUAUGCCCCCUCCUCCUCAUGAUCCGAGGCGCCCAUCGGUUAGCCCCGGCAUUCGGCCGCCUCGGGGUUGUGAUCGGCCUGGUGGGUUUCACCCUCGUGUGGUACAGCAGAGACCCAGCAGGGACUUUCGUGUGUGCCAGGCACACCCAACCAGGCCCACCCGGGCUGCAGACUCUGGCCGCCGCCCCCCCAGGACCCCUACGGGUCGUGGGGAGAGAAGGUGAUGCUGCCAGGCCAGCCGUCGGAUGUUUUUCCCAUCAGCAGCUCGGUUGCUGGGCUGCUCUCGCUGUGGAUCCGUGGGUGGUUGCCACUCUGACCCAUGGUUACCGGCUACAGUUCCGACGGCGGCCUCACAUCUCCCACCGGGUCAGGGUGACUGUCAUCACCGACCCGGUGAGAGCUCAAGCCCUGGACCAGGAGCUUUCCGCCCUCCUGGCCAAGGGUGCUAUCGAGGCAGUAGAUCCUCUGCGGCAUCCCGGAGGCUACUAUUCGACUUAUUUCCUCGUGCCAAAAAAGACAGGUGGAUUUCGUCCCAUUUUGGAUCUCAGGGGACUCAAUCAGUAUUUAAAGGUCCUGCCUUUUCACAUGCUCACGACUGCAGAGGUUCUUCGGGCUGUGGCAAGGGGAGAAUGGUUUACAUCGAUCGACCUUAUGGAUGCGUACUUUCACGUACCUGUUGCGGCGGAACAUCGCCGCUUUCUCAGGUUUGCCUAUCAGGGUCGCCACUGGCAGUUCUGUGUGCUCCCGUUCGGCCUCUCCCUUUCCCCGAGGGUGUUCACUCGGUGCGUGAGGGCGGCCCUCUCUCCUCUGCAGGCCCGCGGCAUGAAGGUUCUUCCGUACCUCGACGAUUGGCUUCUCUGUGCCCCGUCUCGAGAGGAUGCGUGUCGCGAUACGAGUCGCCUGCUCGCUCAUGUGUCUCGGUUGGGCCUCAAGGUGAACUUGGAGAAGAGCUGUCUGAUUCCAUCGCAGACGACCACUUUUCUUGGGGUGCUCUUGGAUUCUCCCUCCAUGACAGCCUACCCAUCUGUCCAGAGGGUGGACGACAUCCUCCAGCUGGUGAGUCAAUUCAGGCUGGGCAGGCAGCUUCCUUACGUUGCCUUCCUGCGGCUGCUGGGCAAACUAACAUCGGUUACUCGGGUUGUGCCCUUAGGUCUGUUGUCACUGCGCCCUUUGCAGAGGUGGAUCAACAGCUGGCACCUGGAUGCCAAGCUACACCGGAAUCGAAAACUUGUGGUAACAUGGCCUUGUCUUCAUGCCCUGACCCCAUGGAGAGACAGGGCCUAUUUGUCCAGGGGUGUGUCCAUGGGGGUAGUAGUGUGUCGCAGAGAAGUGAUCACGACGGAUGCCAGCUCCACGGGAUGGGGCGCCGUAUGGCAACACAGGGCGGUUCAGGGCCGCUGGGGUCCACUGGAUCGCUCCAAGCAUAUAAAUGUGCUGGAGCUGCGGGCUGUGCAUUUGGCCCUCAGGCACUUUUUGCCCCACUUGGAGGGAAGACAUGUCCUGAUUCGAUCGGACAACACCUCUGUUGUCUACCACAUCAACCACCAGGGCGGCACCAGGUCGGCUCAGCUUCUGCAGGAGUCCCGGGACCUCCUGAACUGGGCGACUGUUCACCUAUGCACCCUGCGGGCGGUGUACUUGCCGGGUCUGUGCAACGGGGUGGCAGACUCCCUUUCCCGGCGAGCACCGGCUCCGGGAGAGUGGUCCCUCCACAGCGACGUGGUCAGCCUGAUCUGGGACCUUUUCGGUCAGGCGGAGGUAGACCUGUUCGCCACAGAGGAGUCGACUCACUGUCCUCUAUGGUUUUCCCUUACAGGGGCCGCAGGUGCACUGGGCCAGGACGCUUUGGCCCAUCCUUGGCCCAGGGUCCUUCUAUAUGCCUUUCCACCCCUUUCCCUGAUUUGGCCAACUCUUCAGAGAGUUCUCGAGGAGGGCCACAGGAUGUUGCUGGUAGCUCCGUAUUGGCCAGCACAGCCAUGGUUUCCGCUUCUAUGGAAUCUGUGUCAUGGGGUCCCAUGGUGUCUUCCGACCCGGAGGGACUUACUAUCUCAGUUGGGGGGCCAGAUAUGGCAUCCAGAUCCUCGUCGCCUCCGACUGUGGGUGUGGCCACUGGGAGGCUCGAACAGCAGCUGACUGGCUAUUCAGGUCCCAU